AUGGCUGUGGGGCCCCUCAGAAGCCAACGGCUAGAGACUAUUCGAGUGCUGCUAAGCAGUGAAGAAACUCAUUUGGGCCUCAGAUUCCAAGGAGUGGACUUGGGCUACGCCUACACCAAGUCGGCCCUCAUGGGUGGCGGGGGGGGGCCCCCUGAGCUCCAGGUACGCAGAAACAGGGGCCCUCGGGGGCCCUUGGGGGCCCCCGGCGGGUUUCGACGGCCUCCCGGGGCCCCUGUAGGGGGCCCUGGGGGGCCCCAGGGGCCCGUAGACCCUAGCAAAGCGCAGCCAGAAGCAGUCCCAGAGUGA